GUUUCUGGUUGCCGCGUUUUCAGUCUCUUACGACCGUAUUCACUAAACGACUCUACUUUUUUUUGGUUUGUUCUCUUUCUCAGUCUUUUUCUGAUUCUUUUAACUUUGUGCCCACGAAGCAACCAAGCACAAAACACAAAUGUCAGACGCUGUUGGACUGCUCAAAAAGACCGACGGUGACCUCAGCAGCAGCAGCAGCAGCGGUAGCAGCCACACCGGUAGCAAGCAGAAGGGCAAUGGUGGAAAGGGGAGCAGUGCUGACAGUCAAGACCCGGCCGCGCACCGCCUGAAGCUCGUCCGCCCGUUCCUCCGCCGCAAGGUCGAGGCCGGCACAGAAACGGUCCUGCGCAUCCAAAAGUUCUUCGGCGUGACGCCUGAUAUCGCAUCGCGCAAAUGGAAAGGCUUUGCGUUCUACUAUUUCCACAUUGCUGCUGGAAUGGGCACGGAGAUUGCCUUCAUCACUCUGCUGCCCUUCCUCUUUUGGUACUGCCCGGCGAGCCUUGCACGCUGGGUUUGCUUCGCCUGGGCCACCAGCAUGUACCUUGGCCAGGUGCUCAAGGACUACAUUAUGCUGCCCCGUCCGCCGCCCCCGGCUGUUGUUUUGGAGCGCUCCUUUUCGGGCGAGUGGGGCUUUCCCAGCACUCACGUGAUGGGCGGCCUUGUCAUCCCGUUUGCUAUUGCCGAGUACCUGGUCGACAACAAUCUGGCUACCCCGCUUCUUGCUGGCGCAUGUGUCUUUGUUUGGAUUGGCUCGAUUGCCAUGUCGCGCCUUUACCUUGGCGUGCACUCCCCGACCGACCUGAUCGGAGGAUUGAUUUUCGGUGUUAUUCUCUAUGUCGCCUGCCAUCCGUUGAACCAGGCGCUGGACGCCCGUAUCGGCCACAGUCCUCGUGACGUUCAAAUUCUCACCCCCAUCGUUACCGCCGUGCUUUUGCUGCUCUAUCCCACAAGCUUCAAGUGGACGAGUGCGUAUGGCGACACCGCUACAAUCCUCGGCACUGAGACGGGCAUCAUCAUGGGCUCUACCCUGCAUCCAGUGUCCCUCGUCUAUUACGGCGCACAUUUUAGCGACUUGAUCACUUUCACUCCACUCGUGAUCGGCAAGUUUUUUAUCCGCUACGGCGUUGGCUGCGCCAUGCUUUUCCUGACCCGCCUCAUCUUCAAGACGCUCAUGACCCGUGUGUUCACGUAUCUCUUGACAAGCAGCGGUUCGCUCAAGGGUGUUCCGACUGUCACUCGUGAUCGCGAGCGGCCAUACGGCGGCUAUGUUAUUGAAAUUCCGACCAAGUUUGUCACUUACUCGAUGGUUGGCUUUAUGGCAACGUUUGCGAUGCCGGCUUUCUUCCGUUAUAUUGGUCUGGACAAUUAAGCCCACGACUACCCCCGUUUACAACCUGCAGCGUUGUAUCCAAUACAUUCUCGUUGGUGUUUUUCAUGUGCUAUCAUAGCGUUCGUAUCCA